CGUGGGGUGUACGUCGAUUUCUUCCAUGAAUAUUAUCUGAAAUAAUUUGAUAUUUAAUUCAUUAACUACCAAAUGUUACUAAUUUUACCGGUAUAAGUGGGAAAAUGUGCGUCAUGUGUAAAUUUUGACUAACAAGGGAAGAGUUCAUUUUGUGAUAUCGUGAAAAUGAAUGGUAAAAUGCAUAGUGAAACUGGCACUUUCUCGUCGGACGGUAUGCGGGCCGAAAUAUUAAAUCCUUUCGUUCACAAACUGGAAUUAGAGAACACGUAUGAAAAAAUCAGGACGGCGAUAUUCACGGUGAUCCUGCUACCGUUCCGUGUCGUGGUGAUCCUGUACCUCAUAGUGACAGCGUGGUUCCUCGCCUGCAUCGGCCUGUACGGGCUCAGCGAGGCCGACCUCCGCAAGGAGCCCAUGAAAGGAUGGAGAAGCAAGCUCCGCUUCUCGAUCCUCUCGCUCAUGCGGCUGGUGGUAGUAGUGGCUGGUUUCCACCGGGUGCGGGUGAUCGGCCGGCACCACGUUCCGGCUAGCCCACGUGAUGCGCCAGUCGUGGUCAUGGCUCCUCAUUCGUCGUUCUUCGACGCCAUAGCCAUCGUCUGCCUUGGCGCGCCCAGUGUCGUCGCCAAGGCUGAUACCGCCAGGAUUCCUCUUAUUGGACAGCUGAUAAACUACACGCAGCCGGUGUACGUGUGGCGGGAUGACCCCAACUCCCGGCAGAACACCAUCAAGGAGAUCAUCGAGAGAGCCACCUCUAAGGAGGACUGGCCGCAGAUACUAAUAUUUCCCGAGGGUACCUGCACGAACCGCUCAUGCCUCAUUACCUUCAAGCCGGGCGGCUUCUACCCCGGCGUGCCGGUGCAGCCCGUCACCAUCCGUUACCCCAACGCCCGCGACACCGUCACUUGGACCUGGGAGGGGCCUGGCGCGUUGAAGCUCCUCUGGCUGACGCUGACGCAAGUGCACAGCUCGUGCGAGAUCGAGUUCCUGCCGGUGUACUAUCCCAGCGAGGAGGAGAGGAGAGACCCCAAGCUGUAUGCGAGAAACGUUAGAGAUGUUAUGGCCAAGGCUCUCGGCGUACCAGUACUGGACUACACAUACGACGACUGCCGCAUGAUCGCUCGAGCUAAGCAACUGGGUAUACCUUCGGCGCCUGCCAUACGAGAGGUCAGCGAACUUCGCGCGCAGCUCGGCCUAGAGCGCUCGAAUCUCGAGAUGCAUCUAGUCGCGCAGGGCCUAGCGGGGAAGUCCCGGUGGCUGACGCGCGACGAGUUCGCGCAGCGCCUCGGCGUGCCGCCCAACGUGCACCUGCACCGCCUGUAUGAUAUAUUCCAGCAGAGUUCCAACGGUCUGGUGUACUUCCCUGACUACCUGCUGGCCGCGGCCUUCCUCUCGCUGCAGCACGCGCCCGCUACACAGCUGCUCGCUAAAGCGUUCAAGCUGUACGACUCGUCGGGCACCGGUCGUGUCAGCAUGGCGAACUUCGAGGAGCUGGCGUCGCGCUGCCUCGGCCUGCCGCAGGAGGAGGCCCACCACGUGUUCAGACAGUGCGAUCUCGAUGACAAGCGAUAUGUCACUUACGACGAGUUCAUAGACUUCGCGGAGAAGAAAACGGAGUUCAGUUUCCUGUUCGCGAGCGACAGUCAUCAUAAGCCGAAGACGCAGUGAGACGUGCCCGCCGUCUGCAGUCAGGUGCCGCUGCUGCCGUAGCCGCCAGUCAGUCAGUCAGUCAGUCCGUCUGACGAUCAGUUGAUUGGUGUGACAGACAAUUUGUGUCAUGGUAUUUGUGAACUAGUAGUCUGACUAUCAGGAAAUCAAUAUUAUAGUCAGUUAAAUCCCCUGCUGCCGUAGUCGUCAGUCCGUCUGUCGGUCAGUUGAUAAGUGUGACAGACAAUUUGUGUGAUAGUCAGUCAGUGUGACUAACUAUCAGUCUGACUAUCAGUUAAUUAGGCUGACAGUAAUUUAAUUUCACAAUCAAUAAAUAAGUCUGACGAUCAGUCAAUCAGUGCGAAGGUCAGAUAAUAAUUAGUGUGACGGUCAGUCAAUCAGUCUGAUGGUCAGUCAAUCGUUCUGAUAGACAGUCUAACAGUCAAUUAGUUUGUCAGUUUGUGGGUCUAUGAAAUAGGACUAUUUUUAACGCCAGACAAUGUGAUAGUUUUCGACUUGAGAUACGCUGUUAAUCAUUACAUUUGUUAGUCAGAUAAUAAUCUGACAGGUCAAUAUUAGGCCGGUUUCCGUUUUUAAACUCGAUUUGAUGCAUGUGGCUUAAGGACAACAUGAACGAACAGUCAGCUACAAAAUAUUUUUUACUGCAAAUUAGACUUCUGGAGACAAUUAAUGCAAUCGCAAUAGUUAAAAAGAUAAGCAAAAAUAUUUAAUAAAUAAAUUGAAAAUGGCAGAAGUGGCGCUACCUGUACAAUUAGAAACUAGAAGAAUUUUAUAACUUUUAAUAUCAAACCCAAAACGGAUCCCACAGUGGUUUAAUCUUAAAUGCUUGACACAUUAAAGCUUGAAAAUCGCAAUACACUUUAAUAAAGAUCACCAAUCAUCAUUUCAGUGUUAUAUUCGUCUCUAUAAAGUAGAGGAAAUGUAAAGUAAUUGAUGUGUUUCGUUGUACUAUUAGGAAUAUUAAUUUAUAAACAGAUGGCGGACUUACGUAAUUUGGUCGAGUUAUGUCAAGCUAAACACGAUUAACAUUGUUUUGACAUAACCUGGCGAAAUAUCGAAGGUUUGUCAUCUGCCUUUAAAUCGAUUUCCCUGAUCGUACAAUAAAUAGAAGUAAAGCAUUUUUUGUGACUGACAUGACAAAGGUUUUGAUGCGAUACGGCUAAUAGAUUUUUAGUUAUAUUAUAGCUAAAACGACUAAAGUGGCUUUUAGUGACUGCAGAAAAGGCUUGAUAGUGUAAUCUAAUGCUGUAAAUAUUGUAAGUACGAUAAAAACGCGCUCAUAAUAUUAUAAAUAUAAGUCAUUUAUAAGUAUUAAGUACUUCUUUAGUAUUCAAUACUUUGGUCGCCGGCUUUAUUAAUGUUUUCUGCUCAGAAAUAACUAUAAUCUGUUCGCGUUAGGAUAGU